GCCCGUCGGCCGCCGCACGGAGAGCUCCUCUGCGCGGUGCUUCGGUUUUCUCGUUUGUGGAGUGCGACGCUUCUGACAACGGCUGAGGCAGUUUAUGAGGAUCGUGUGAGAGCCGCAGCAUGAAUCUACCGGUGCUGUGGCGCUUCGCCACGCUGCUCCUCAUGGGAUGCAGUCUCGGCAUGUCUGAAGAUGAUACGAUGGGCCCGAUUUUCAACCGUGAACCUCCAAACAGAGUGGAUUUUUCAAACACAACUGGUGCAGUAGUUGAGUGCUCAGCUAGAGGAAACCCUACACCUGACAUAAUAUGGAUAAGAGCUGAUGGAUCAGCAGUUGGAGAUGUCCCUGGUUUGAGACAGGUUAUGCCCAAUGGAAACUUAGUUUUCCCACCAUUUCGAGCCGAAGACUACCGACAAGAGGUACAUGCACAGGUUUACGUGUGUCUGGCAAAAAAUUCAGUUGGUUCUAUUCAUUCAAGGGAUGUUAAUGUCAGAGCAGUUGUUUCACAGUACUACGUUACAGAGGCUGAAAAUGAGUAUGUGAUCCGUGGUAACAGUGCUGUUAUGAAAUGCAAGAUUCCUAGUUUCGUAGCAGAUUUUGUGACUGUUGACUCAUGGAUUGCAGAUGAUGGAACAGUUCAUACUCACAAUACAGCUAAUGACUAUGAUGGAAAGUACAUAGUUUUACCAUCGGGUGAAUUACAUAUCAGAGAUGUAGGACCUGAAGAUGGUUACAAAUCAUAUCAGUGUCGUACAAAACACAGACUUAGUGGAGAAACACGACUAAGUGCAACAAAGGGCCGUCUUGUCAUCACUGAGCCAGUGAGUAGCUCUGGUCCCCGUGUUGCAUCGACAGCAAAGUUUGAUGUGAUUCAACGACCAGUUGGCAAGAACUUUGCAUUGAUGUGUCAGGCACAGGGGCACCCCAUCCCAAUUUUUCGAUGGUACAAGUAUAUAGAUGGGACAACCCGUAAACAACCAGUAAUUUUGGAUGAGCGUGUCAAACAAGUCAGUGGGACAUUGAUUAUCAAGGAGGCAAAAGUGGAUGAUUCUGGAAAAUAUCUGUGUGUUGUAAACAAUUCUGUUGGAGGAGAAAGUGUGGAGACAGUCCUUACUGUCACAGCUCCACUUGCAGCAAGUGUAGAACCGCAGACUCAGACUGUAGAUUUUGGACGUCCUGCUACAUUUAAAUGUAACUUUGAAGGAAAUCCAAUUAAAACUAUUAGCUGGUUGAAAGAUGGUAAACCACUUAAUCAUAAAGAACCAAUCCUAACAAUUGAAUCUGUUAAGAAGGAAGACAAGGGAAUGUAUCAAUGUUUCAUUAGGAAUGAUCAAGAAAGUGCUGAAGCAAGUGCAGAAUUAAAACUUGGUGGAAGGUUUGAACCUCCCCAGUUACGCUAUUCAUUCCCGGAGGACACUUUACAGCCUGGUCCAUCUGUCUUUCUAAAAUGCAUUGCCUCUGGUAAUCCAACACCUGAAAUAACAUGGGAGCUGGAUGGCAAGAAACUCUCCAAUAGUGACCGUUUGCAGGUUGGUCAAUAUGUAACGGUUAAUGGUGAUGUUGUGUCACAUCUCAACAUCUCUUCUACUCAUACAAAUGACGGAGGCCUCUACAAGUGCAUUGCAUCUUCCAAAGUGGGAUCUGUUGAACAUUCAAACAGGUUAAACAUUUAUGGACUUCCUUUUAUCCGUCCAAUGGAGAAGAAAGCUAUUGUUGCAGGGGAAACACUAAUAGUCACCUGCCCAGUUGCAGGAUACCCUAUCGAGUCAAUUGUGUGGGAAAGAGAUGGAAGAGUUCUUCCAAUAAACAGGAAACAAAAAGUUUUUCCUAAUGGUACUCUGAUAAUUGAAAAUGUUGAACGGCUGUCUGACCAAGCAACUUACACAUGCGUAGCUCGCAAUUCUCAAGGCUACAGUGCAAGAGGAACACUGGAAGUGCAAGUAAUGGUUCCUCCGCAGAUCCUACCUUUCUCAUUUGGAGACACACCAGGAAAUGCUGGUGACAUGUCAGUUGUUCAGUGCGCUGUAACAAAAGGAGAUUAUCCCAUAACAAUCACGUGGUUCUUUAAUGAUGCUGAAAUAUCUCCUGGGCAUCAAGGAAUAGCUAUCGGAAAAAUGAGUCAUCGUAUUAGUGCACUCAGUAUUGAAGCUCUUCAGGCCAGACAUAGUGGCACUUACACUUGUAGAGCAACCAACACUGCUGGCGUUACAAAUCACUCAGCUGUUUUGAAUGUUAAUGUGCCACCAAGAUGGAUUUUGGAACCAACAGACAAAGCAUUUGCUCAAGGAAGUGAUGCAAAAGUUGAAUGCAAAGCUGAUGGUUUUCCAAAGCCUCAAGUGACAUGGAAGAAAGCUGCUGGUGACACACCUGGAGAUUAUAAUGAUCUUAAGCCCAACAACCCCAAUAUAAGAGUGGAGGAUGGGACACUGUCAAUAAAUAACAUACAAAAAACUAAUGAAGGCUAUUAUUUAUGUGAAGCUGUAAAUGGCAUUGGGUCAGGAUUGUCUGCUGUUAUUUUAAUCAGUGUGCAAGCUCCCCCUCAUUUCGAGAUCAAAUUGCGUAACCAGACAUCACGUCGUGGGGAACCAGCUGUCCUGCAAUGUGAAGCUAGAGGUGAAAAACCAAUUGGUAUCUUGUGGAAUAUGAAUAACAAACGCCUUGAUCCCAAGAGUGACAAUAACAGAUACACGAUCAGAGAGGAAAUACUUCCUAAUGGUGUUUUGUCUGACCUGAGCAUAAAACGAACUGAGAGAGAGGAUUCUGCUCUGUUCACAUGUGUUGCUACAAAUGCAUUUGGGAGUGAUGAUACAAGCAUUAAUAUGAUUGUUCAAGAGGUUCCUGAAGUACCUGAUGGCUUGAAAGUUCUGGAUAAAUCUGGCCGAUCUGUUCAGUUGUCUUGGGCUGCACCAUAUGAUGGAAAGUCUCCAAUCAAGCGUUAUCUUAUUGAAUUCAAACAUGCAAAAGGAACAUGGGAAAAUGACAUAGAUAGAGUACUUGUUCCUGGUCAACAAACAGUUGCUGGUGUCUUCAACCUUAAACCUGCCACAACGUAUCACUUGCGUAUUGUAGCUGAGAACGACAUAGGAACUUCCGAUCCAUCUGAUACAGUUACGAUUAUAACAGCUGAGGAAGUACCCAGUGGUCCACCAAUGAAUGUUAAGGUUGAAGCUGAAGGUCAACAUACAUUGAAGAUUUUGUGGAAACCUCCAGAACGGGAUCAAUGGAAUGGAGAGAUACUUGGUUAUUAUGUGGGUUACAAGGCAGCAUCAGCUGACACACCAUAUUUGUUUGAAACUGUUGAAUUCAGCAAAGAAGAAGGCAAAGAGCAUCAUCUUCAGAUAACUGACCUGAAGACGUACACUCAGUAUGCUGUAGUAGUCCAAGCUUUCAACAAAGUUGGUGCUGGCCCAAUGUCAGAAGAAGUGCGUCAGUACACAGCUGAGGGCAUCCCAGAGCAACCACCUCAGGAUACAACCUGCACCACUCUCACCUCUCAGACAAUCAGAGUGUCAUGGGUAUCUCCACCACUCAGCACUGUGAAUGGAGUCAUUAAGGGAUACAAGGUUGUUUAUGGCCCCAGUGAUAGCUGGUAUGAUGAUAACACCAAAGACACAAAAAUAACAUCUGCAAGUGAGACUAUACUACAUGGGCUGAAAAAAUACACAAAUUAUAGCAUGCAAGUUCUUGCCUAUACUUCUGGAGGAGACGGUGUCCGCAGCCCCGCAAUUCAUUGUCAAACUGAGCAGGAUGUUCCAGAAGCACCAAAUGCUGUAAAGGCUUUGGUAAUGUCAAGUGAAUCAAUCCUUGUCAGCUGGAAACCUCCAGAGCAACCAAAUGGAAUUGUUACUCAGUACACAGUCUAUGUUAAGGAAGACAGUGAAGCAGCAAAGGAGGAGGAACCCAAAAGUCAGAAGGUACCCCAAUAUCAAAUGAGCUAUGAAGCUUCUGGGCUUCAGAAGAAAGAGCGAUAUGAAUUUUGGGUGACAGCAUCAACUAUAAUUGGUGAAGGUCAACCUUCAAAACCUGUCUCUUUGUCACCUAGCCCAAGAGUUCCAGCAAAAAUUGCAUCAUUUGAUGACAACUUCACUGCAACCUAUAAGGAAGAUGUGAAAUUGCCUUGCCUUGCAGUUGGUAUUCCUCCUCCAGAAAUUGUUUGGAAAGUGAAAGGACUUGCUUUUCAGCCAGAUGACAGAAUUCGACAGUUGCCUGAAGGGUCACUCUUCAUUACAUCUGUAACAAGGCAAGAUGCUGGAGAAUACACAUGUACUGUGGAAAAUUCCUUUGGUCAAGACACUGUUACUCACAGAUUGGUUGUGCAUGCACCACCUCAUAAACCACAAGUCACUUUAACAUCUACUACAACAAACUCAAUCACAAUAAAGUUACGUCCACAUCCAACGGAUAAUGCACCUUUACAUGGAUAUACUAUUCAUUACAAGCCAGAAUUCGGUGAGUGGGAAACAGUACAGGCUGGCAGCCAGACACAGACUUUCACCAUUGAGAAUCUCUGGUGUGGCUCACGUUACCAGGUGUAUGUCACGGCUUAUAAUGGAAUUGGUACUGGAGAUGCCUCAGACAUUUUGAAUACAAAAACCAAGGGUGCAAAACCUGGUAUACCAGAAGCUAGUCGUUUCAUUGAAGUUUCAUCUGGCAGUAUCACUUUACAUUUAAGUGCAUGGUCUGAUGGUGGUUGUCCAAUGCUGUACUUUGUUGUUGAACACAAGAAGAAGUCACAGACAGAAUGGAAUCAGGUGUCUAACAAUGUGAAACCAGGUGGCAAUUUUGUUGUUUUGGACCUGGACCCAGCUACUUGGUAUCAUCUUCGUGUCACUGCACAUAAUAAUGCAGGUUUCGCUGUGGCUGAGUAUGAAUUUGCUACAUUAACUGUGACUGGAGGGACCAUCCCACCUCCUGAGAGAGAACUGACAGCUGUUAAUAAAUAUUUUCCUUGGCUUCCUGACUGGCUGGAUUUGAAUGUCAUUGUGCCACUGGCUGCUACUAUUGUUGUCAUCAUUGUCGGUGUUGUUGUUAUAUGCGUUGCAAUAUCUAGACGAUCAAGAGGACCAGAGCAGACAAGAUUACGUGAUGAUGUAGUGUACAACCAGUCUGCCGGAGGCAACGCUACAGUGGACAAGCGCCGACCGGAUCUGCGCGAUGAGCUCGGCUACAUUGCACCACCAAAUCGCAAGUUGCCUCCUGUACCUGGAUCUAACUACAACACCUGUGAUCGUAUCAAGAGAGGUCACCCAGGCUCAUUUCGCAGUCAUGCUACCUGGGAUCCCCGCCAUCCCAGGCACAUGUAUGAGGAACUCAGCCUGCAUCCCCCUGGUUCGGGCAUCCGUAAGUUCUCAGGCCACCCCGGAUCUGAUGAAGCUCUCUACAGCCGUGCUGGAGGCAUGGAGGAUGAGAUAUGCCCCUAUGCUACAUUCCAUUUGCUAGGAUUUCGUGAAGAAAUGGAUCCCAACAAGGCAAUGCAGUUUCAAACCUUCCCACAUCAAAAUGGACAUGAACGAGCACACAGUGGUACCAUAGGACCCAUGGGCCCUGGCAGUAUGGCAGGAAAUGGCCACAUUCACCAGCGGACAGGAUCGCAGUCGAUGCCUAGAACUAAUGGUCGCUAUUCACGAGUAAAUAGCCAGAAUGGCCCUGGAUCCAACUUUUCUCCUGGUCCAGAAUAUGAUGAUCCAGCAAACUGUGGUACAGAAGAAGACCAGUAUGGCAGCCAGUAUGGACAAUAUGGAGCCCCAUACGAUCAUUAUGGAAGCCGUGGCUCAGUAAGCAGAAGGAGUGUUGGUUCUGCUCGCAAUCUGCCAAUGUCUGGGAGUCCGGAACCACCACCUCCUCCACCUCGUAACCAUGACCCAAAUAACUCAUCUUUUAAUGACUCCAAAGAGAGUAAUGAAAUAUCAGAGGCUGAAUGUGAUCGUGACCAACUAGUAAAUAGAAAUUAUGGAGUCAGUGUAAGAGCCCACAACAAGGACAUGACCACUGAGGAAAUGAGAAAGCUGAUUGAGAGAAAUGAAGCAGGGCAUCACCAACAAAACGGAUUCGCAGUCACACCCUACGAUACUGUGGCAGUGUAACCUGUAGUUGCAAAGAAGUGCAUCUAGAAAGACAUCGGCAAGACCUGUGCCAUAAAAAACAUUAUACCCUGCUGUGUGAAGAAGCUUUGAAUGGAAAUAUUUAAUAAGCAUCAAUUGUGUGUGAACGUUAUUCAGUGUUUUCAUGUUCUUUCUUUUAUCUUUAUUCACAUUAGAAAUUAAAGUAUUUAUAAAAUAUUCAUUGUAAUGCAUUGAUAGCAAAUAUAUCCAUUCUCAGCUGUGAAUGGUAAGCUCUUGGAUAUUAACAGUUUUAGGAUAAUGUACAGCAGGGCUAUAAUUUUAAUUGGCAGUAGUGCAAGACGGCUCAUCCAAAGGUUGCAACCAAACAGACUUUCUCAUAUACAGAAGUCUUUGUUUUAGGAAGACCAAAAUACAAUAUAUGUAUUGUAAUAACUUCUUUCCACCCAUGUUCUAUGAUAUAUGUGCAUUUUCAGCCUUUGUUACACUGUGUUUUCUUUAAAACAUUAAAGAUGACAAUGUUGAUAAAGAGAAUGGCUCAACUUUGUGGCAUGUGAUAUUUUGUCAUAAUGGUACUAUUAUGUAUGUUUUUACAUGUUUUUGAAAUGGGAAUGAAAUGAGAGUGAAAGAAUCUUAAUAAAUGCUGUGUGGUGUGUAUCAUAACCUACUUUAUCAGAAAGGGCAAACACUUAGCUUUCCUUGUUGCAAAACGAAUUAGUGGAAACAAUUAGGACACAUACUGUAUAUCAUUAAAUUAUUUUCGUAAUCAUAUACAUAUAUAAAUACAAAUAUAUAUACAUAAAUCUUAUUGCCAUUACUGUUUCUGUAUAUUGCUAAGCUCCUCUUUAAAUGUUUGUGAUGAACUGCUAAUUUCAAAUUCUAAGACUUUCUUUUGUCGAGUUCACAGAAUUUCAGUUCUAAAACAUUUAUGUGAGAUGUGUAAACAGUGUGUGUUCUGCUCUUGUUCUGCAAAUACUGUACGAUGUUUAUAAUAAUAAAUGCCACAGCUUGUAUUCUUAUAUGUUGAACAGUCUUCACUGUAAUCGUAUGUCUGUCAGUGCUAGUGUUUUGAAUGUUUUUACAUAUUUUGUCAUAAGUGAUAAAGACUCCAAUGAUGUAUGCUGCUGCACAAGAAGCAGAGACACCUGUGUAGACAACAGGCAGAGACUAAGCCAUUUGUGUACCAGAUUUCACUUUUUAUAGCUUCAUAAUUGCUGACAUCAACACUUUAAAUGUAAUAGUGAUGCAAAACUGAAAUUCAGAUACUUAAUUUAUAGCAGUAUUUGUAUCUUCUGUAAGUGUUUAAUUCAGUUCCUUUAAAAUUCAAAAUUUAUAUUCAUCAAGCUUGUUCUUAUACAUAUAGGGAACAAAAUCAUACAGGAUUCUUUCUUUUGUUUCUAGCUUGAGAAGAUAAGCAAAAUUCUUAACUUUCUUCAAAAAUUGUAUACAGUUUAAUAAACAGAAAAAUUAAUAGGUUAAUUUACCUAUGUAAUAUAUCUAGGCUCAUAAAAGUAACUAUUAUAUUCUUACAAUAGCCAAAUCAUUAGCAGAUAACUGAUAAGAAAAAGUGAAAUACUAUCAGUCUGCUUAUAACAGACCUUAAGGUACAUUUCCAAAAAUCAAGAUAAAAUUGUCUUAUGGCUAUAUUACUGCUACUCAUAAAUUUAUAAAUAAAUGUAAUGAUGGUGUAUAAGUGCUUAUAAAACUGCAUUUACAAUUUAGGUAAAGUUUUCAGUAAUUUCUCUCAAUGAAUGUGAUAACUCACAUUACUUGAAUUUCAGUUUUCUUGAGUGUUAUUUUCAUUUUAGUCAGCCCCAACAUUUCAAUGACAUUUGUGUGACUUACGUGAUAAUAUCAAUGACUGAAACUAAUUUAGUUGGUAUAAGCAAGUGCCUUGCAUUACAUUUGUAACAUUAAAGAUUUAUAAUCUCCAUUUUCGUAAUUAUUGUUGAUGAUGUAAUAUCUGUUUUUACAUUUGUUAAGUACGUUAAGACAUCGUAACAGAAAAUGUAAUGCAGGGCAUUUUUAAAAUUUUAUAAUAAAAUUUGUAAAAAAAGGAAGCAGAUUUGAAGUCAGUCUGAUUUGUUAGGUUAGUGGAAAUUAUCUUUAUAAAUCCACUUGCUUUGUUCUUGUGUAAAUAUGCGUAAUUCUUGUUUUUAUGCAUCUGCUUAUUCAGGUAUCAAUAUUGAAAAACUGUUUCUCUGCUCCCCUGUUUUUUGAGGGAUUGUAGUGUGAAACAAGUUAUUUGUACCAAAGUUGUAGAAUUAAUGAACUUUUGUGUUAUUAAAGGUUUUACACACAA